AUGGCCAAAAACAAAGGACCGUCAAAACACUCCCGCGCCGCCCGCCGCGCCACCUCCCCCUCCAUCGACACCGACAAGUCUCUCAAGGACAUCCCCCUCCCCAAACGCAACUCCGAAAGCACAUUCCGCCCGUCAGUCCUAGCAGUCCACCGCUCCGCAGGCGUUUCUAAAAAGAGCAAACCGGUGCGCAAGUCCCGAAUGACUAGCAAAAUGCGGAGACGACAUGAAAAGGGUCUGGAGAUGGCAGAGGCGAUCACCGAGCGGACGGGACUGAAGAUUGAGAAGAGUAUUGGGCGGGCGAAGAAUGUGCAGAGGAGGAGUAGGAACUGGGAGGAUAUCAAUAAGGAUGCUGCUACGGGAGAGGAGGAGGAGCAACAGACUGGGGGGAGUCGGUUUGGCGGUUUGAUGGAGGAAGAUGGGGAGGAUGAUUGGGAGGAUGAGGGGGACGGGUUUGAUCCUGCGAAUCCGGCGGCUAGCAAGGCUGUGGCUGUGGAGGAGGAGGAAGAUGAGAUUUUGUGA